AUGACUCGUUCUUUGCUUGCUCUUGGCCUUCUGGGCCCUGCUGCACUUGUGGCAGCUUCUCCUGGCUCUGUCCAGACCUUCACUAUCACAAGCACAUCUUGGUCGACUAUCACAGCGUGUCCCACGGCCGUUGUCUCUCUUUGUGCUGCUUCUUGCAACGCUUCACCCUACACUUUAGGUGUCGAUGUCAAAUAUGGCGGCAACGACAACGCUGUCGCUGCCACAGCCACUGUUAGUCGUUCUGCUGUGCCCAAUCCCAGUCAGGCAUUGAGCAAUGGCUCUGGCUCUGGCUCUGGCUCCGGCUCUGGCUCCGGCUCUGGCUCCAGCUCUGGAUCUGGUAGCGGAUCUGUCAACGGCUCUGGCAGUGGGUCUGGCAGUCCUCAGGGCUCUGCCAAUGGCUCUAGCAAUUCUCAAGGUUCGAACAAUGAGCAAGGUACAAUCACUGUCGUCGACGGAAAGACUGUCACCAUCUACGAAGGUUCUACCUCCGUCUUGACCGCUGGAGCUGUCUACACCACGGACGUCGUAUACCCCUCCAGCGUUUCGUGUAGCGCGGGGGAGACUGUCAUUGUCUCUGGAGAGACUAUCGUGGCCACCCAAGCUACUACUAUUUAUGAUUGUCCUUGCACCAAAGCUCGAACUCUGACCGUCGGUGGAAGCUACACCACCAGUGACAUCUACCCUGAGUCUAUGAGUUGCUCCGGAGGUGAGACAGUUGUAAUCGAGGGGUCUACAGUAGUUGUACCUGGACCGACCGUCAUUACCAACUGCCCUUGCACUAAGCCUACUACGAUCUUUGUUCCUGGAGCCACCACGACUCUCGCUGGCACCACAAUCACUGAGAACACUGCUGCAUCUUCCACUGGAAGCGUUGCAGCAUCAUCCGCUGCUUCUAUUUCUGGCUCAGCUGCCAUCACUAGCGGUGCCCUCAGCUCUUCGUCUGGGUCAGUCGCAUCUGGCUCUUCCUCUGCUGCCGUCAGUGGUAGUGCCACCUCGGCAAUCAACCCUCCAGGCACAUCUUCUGCUGCUACCUCAUACCAGACCGCUACUGAUGGCAUCAACUUCUUGGUUCAGAAGGGCUUGAACUACAACGGUACUCCUCUCAGCAUCAAUGCCAAGAGACAAGCUGUCAACACACUCUCGACCUGUCUGAACGCCUGCGCUGGCUCGUCCCUCUGCGUGGCGACUUCGUUCAACACUGAUACAUCCGCCUGCUCGUACUUCAGUGACAUUGACCAGAGCAGUCGACACGCUCAAAGCGAGAUCGUUUUCGCUAUCGCCACCUCCCGACUUGCUGUCCAGUCUUCUUCGACCGCAUCUUCAGGCUCAGCAAGCAGUGACAUUAGUGGCGCAGCCUCGACAUCUGGAGCUACAAACGUUUCAUCCGGCUCCUCAUCUACGGUGAUUGGAUCUUCCACUGAGAGUGCCAGCAUGAGCACAUCUUCUAUUGCUUCGCAGUCCGGCUCUUCCAUGUCUCAGACGGCAUCGCAAUCAGGCUCGACCGUCUCUCCCGCAUCUCAAUCGGGCUCGGCAACUUCUGCAUCUCAAUCAGGCUCGACUGUGUCUUCCGCGUCUCAAUCAGGCUCAGCUGUUCCUUCUGCAUCCCAGUCAGGCUCGGCAGUCUCUUCUGCAUCAUCUACAUCGCAAUCCAGCCUCAGCUCUUCCGCCGCUGCCUCAUCUUCCCAAGGUUCCGGCACCUCGUCCCAGUCCACUGCAAGCUCUGAUACCUCCGCUCUUUCAUCUCUUAGCUCCAAAACUCAGUCGGCCUCAGGCACUUCGACCCAGUCGGUCUCAGAUACCUCGUCCUCGGUCCAGUCAUCUUCUGCAACCUCAACUGAAUCUGUCUCCUCGGGCUCAAGCUCUUCAGCAGCCAUCACUUCGGCUCCAAGUGCCAGUAUCAGCGCUGCUAGUUCCAGCACUGGCUCGGGAUCGUCCAAUGGUACAACAGCUGCAGCAGCACCUACAACAGCGCCUUCCCUAGAGGUUUCUAACGAGCCUCUUCCAUCUUGCGCUGACUCCAGCGCGAAUGCAAGCCAGCAAUGCUCAAGCGACUCAGGCACCGUCUAUGCUGUCACUGGAGGCUCUGCAUACACGGGUCAGACUUUCGAUACUUCCAGCAUUACCCUCGAUGAUGACGGCAAUGAGAUUACCGGAAGCAAGUUGAAGAAGCGUGCUUUUGCACCAUCCCUUCGCGCUUGUCUCAGAUUCUGUGAUCGUUACUCCGGAUGCAAGGGUGCCAACUUCUUCAGUGGCGGCCAGUGUACCAUUUUCAGCAUCAUCACUGGCACUACCCGUAACCCCAAUGCCUUUGCUGCUAUCUUCGUUGCUACCGCUCAACAAGCUGCCGCUUCGAGCUCUCAGUACAGCGUUACUGCAACCAUGACCUCGUCCUCUGCUUCUUCAUCUGCUGCACCUACCUCUGCUAGCAUUACAUCUUCCUCCGCUGGAGCAUCUUCAUCGUCUGCAACUGCGUUAAUGACCUCGUCCAGCGCAUCGCUUUCAUCAAGCGCUUUUGUCUCGUCGUCAGUUGUUGUUGGCUCUUCCGUCUCGUCUUUCUCAAGCUCAGCCACUUCCUCCGUCGUUGGUUCCGCCAGCUCAUUGCCACCCGCAUCAGGAAACAGCACCACAAGUCUUGGCAGUUCUACUGGCUCUUCUCUCUUGAGCACCUCGGCCAUCUUCCCUACUGGCAAUGCAACUAGCACUUCCGGACCAACUGCAUCAGCGGGUAUGACUACAUCGUCUGCUUUCGGCUCUUCUAGCUCUGCAGCUUCUCUCUCGAGCAACAGAACCAUGACCACUCCCUCUGUUGAGAGCUCAUCUAGCUCUGCUGUCUUCACAACGGGCAACAGUACCACCAUAUCUACUGGUACUGGCGCUUCCAGCACUGCCGAACCCUCGUCUAUUUUCUCCGCUAGCAAUUCUACUACCUCAUCAAUCCCAUACACCACUUCCAGCAGUGCUCCAUUCUCUAGCAGCAAUACGACAUCUUCUGUAGUAGUGUCUACCGGUGGUAUGACAGCUUCCUCUCUCCUCAGCUCAUCCUCUGCGAUCUACACCAUGGGCAAUUCUACUACCACUGCCUCGGCUGGACCAACUGCCUCAGGUGCUUCAGCCACAUCCUCCUCCAGCCCCAGUGCUUUCUAUACGAUGGGUAACAGCACAGCUACAACUGGACCUACUGGCACUGGGUCACUCAGCUCAGCUACUCUUUCUAGCUCAUUGAGCAGCACAAUGUCUGUCAUGAGCAACAGCACGUCAUCCGCUCAGCAAUCAAGCACCAUUCCAUCCGUGUCAAGUUCAUCCAGCAGCGCACCCUUCCAAAUGACCAACUCGACCAGCACUUCUUUGUCAAGCUCUCGACCUUCAUCUGGCCUUCAGGAAGCAUCUUUCAACUCGACUAUGAGGCGUCGCGCCAACCUCGGUUUUUUCCACGCUCAAGGUGCCAAAUAG